AUUGGACUUUCUCAGUGGCCCUUUCCUACUCUCCUGUGCGCAGCCUGGCCAUCAACACCAACACCAGAGCAUUAAAGGUUUGCAUCAAUUACCUCAUCAAGUUCUCAUAAAAUUGGAACCCUUGGGAGAGAAGGAAGUGGGGAGACACAAAUGUCAGGCGCCACGCUGACUGACACGUCUAUCUGAUACGUCUGUAGCUGCAUCGGUGGCUAAAUUUAAAAGGAAGGGGCGACAGGUGUUGAGUGCACAGAACAUGGUCUCGUGUCAGCCAUCUUGAGCUCGGCGAGUGGAAUGGGCAGAAGUGAGACGAUCCGUUGAGGUGUAUUGGGUUUUCUUUAUGUGAGGCUUGCGAGUGGAGGCCGGGCGGAGGUGCGAUCGAAGAUCGAUACGAGAGAGGGAUUUUGCGGACGAAGAAUCAUGUGUCUGCCACUCAUGGAGCUUUGUGGGGGAGGACCGCCCAGAGGAGGGCCUCAUUCUCGUCCCGGAGGGCCUCCCUGGGGCCCUGGAGGAUCUUAUGACCGUCCAGGAAACCCAGUCGCAGAUUGCAUCUGUUGCCCUUGCAAUCUUCUUUGCUACAUUCUUUACGCUUGUCAGGAAAUUUCCUACUGUUUCUGCGGUAUGUUUAAUUGUUGUGGCUACGAUCGCUACGAAUCUCGGGGAGGCUAUCACGAUCAACGAGGCCCUCCGCCUGCUUACCAGGAUCAUCACCAUCACCACCGUUACUGAUUGCGCACCUCUAGGACCAUUUGUCGGAACGGAAGCACUUGGAAGAAGUUCCAAUCUGUACAGAGACGUGAAGACUUGAGAGGAGUCUAUCGUUGUUUGGCAAGGGAUUGCUGUAAAGUUCAAGCACGACAGGCUCGUGCAUGCUCCUGAUAUAACUUGACAUCCCACAGUGUAGACGAUUAGGUGCAUAGUUGAGAAAAGAGAAUGAAGUGAUCACUCGUUCGAAACCUGGCUUCAACGAUAGGGAGCAACAGGGGGUAGUACAUGAUCACGUGAUCAAGCAAACCCUUUGCAUGCAACCAGACUCCAAUAUUUCUUUGUGAAUAAAGUAUU